CGCCCAGGGCGCGCACGGGCUAGGUGGGCUCCGAACGCGGGCGCAUGCGCGCUGCGCGCGCUGGUGCGGGACAGCUGGCGCCGGCGGCAGCGGAGGGGUUGGAGGCGGCGGCCGGGAGUCAGCCGCCGUGCAGGGAGCCACAGGAGCCGGCGGAAAGAGAAGAAACCUAAAGAAACUCGGCUGCCCACCGACCCUUCCUCACUUUUGGAAAUGGCGGGAGAAAUCACAGAGACCGGGGAGCUCUAUUCUCCCUACGUGGGACUGGUGUACAUGUUUAACCUCAUCGUGGGCACUGGUGCACUCACCAUGCCCAAGGCCUUUGCCACUGCCGGGUGGCUCGUCAGCCUGGUCCUGCUGGUGUUCCUGGGCUUCAUGAGCUUUGUGACGACUACCUUCGUGAUAGAGGCCAUGGCCGCGGCCAACGCUCAGCUCCACUGGAAAAGGAUGGAAAACCACCAGGAGGAGGAAGAGGAGGACUCCUCCACAGCCUCCGACAGUGACGUCCUUGUUCAGGACAACUACGAGCGGGCAGAGAAACGACCCAUCCUUUCAGUGCAGAGACGUGGAUCUCUGAACCUUUUUGAAAUCACAGACCGGGUGGAGAUGGGACAGAUGGCUUCCAUGUUCUUCAAUAAAGUGGGGGUCAACUUGUUCUAUUUCUGCAUCAUCAUUUACCUGUACGGGGAUUUGGCCAUCUAUGCUGCCGCCGUGCCCUUCUCCCUCAUGCAGGUGACUUGCAGUGCCACUGGCAACGAGUCCUGUGGUGUGGAGGCCGACACCAAGCACAACGACACGGACCCGUGCUGGGGGCCCCUGCGCCGUGUGGACGCCUACCGCAUCUACCUGGCUGUCUUCACCCUCCUCCUUGGUCCCUUCACCUUCUUUGACGUCCAGAAGACCAAGUACCUGCAGAUCCUGACCUCCCUGAUGAGAUGGGUUGCUUUUGCCAUCAUGAUCGUGCUGGCCCUGGUCCGCAUCGGGAACGGGCACAGAGAGGGGCGCCCGCCCCUGGCUGACUUCUCCGGGAUCCGGAACCUGUUUGGGGUGUGCGUCUACUCCUUCAUGUGCCAGCACUCGCUGCCAUCCCUUGUCACACCGGUGUCCUCCAAGCGCCACCUCACACGCCUGGUCUUCCUGGACUACGUGCUGAUCCUCGCCUUCUACGGCCUUCUCUGCUUCACCGCCAUCUUCUGCUUCCGCGGCGACAGCCUCAUGGACAUGUACACCCUCAACUUCGCGCGCUGCGAUGUCGUGAGCCUGGCUGCCGUGCGCUUCUUCCUGGGCCUUUUCCCUGUCUUCACCAUCAGCACCAACUUCCCCAUCAUCGCCGUGACCCUCCGCAACAACUGGAAAACACUUUUCCACCGUGACGGGGGCACGUACCCCUGGGUGGUGGACCGCGUGGUGUUCCCCACCAUCACCCUGCUGCCCCCGGUGCUGGUGGCCUUCUGCACCCACGACCUGGAGUCCCUGGUGGGCAUCACGGGGGCCUACGCAGGCACGGGCAUCCAGUACGUCAUCCCCGCCUUCCUGGUGUACCACAGCCGCAAGGACACCCAGCUGGCCCUGGGCUACGGGACCAUCAACAAGCACAGGUCCCCUUUCCGCCACGCCUUCUGGGUGGGCUUUGUGCUGCUCUGGGCUUUCUCCUGCUUCUUCUUCGUCACUGCCAACAUCGUCCUCAGUGAGACCAAGGUCUGAUGGCAAAAUGUGUCCGGUGACGAGAGAGGCGGGGGCUCCACUCUGGCCCCAUCACUCACCUUCCCGCCUGCAGAGCCAAGAGCUAGUUCCUUCCCAGGGUUGCACGGGGCAGGCGAGGCCAGACUUGCGGAGGGCACCCUCCACGUCUCCUGCUAGGGGUCUUCUCUCCACCCAGGAUCCCACGCAGUCCGCGCCUCGCUUCACUCGUCAGGGCAGCCUGUCUCCCAGGCCCCCCUGCCCGGGGCUGCCGCUGGCCAGCCUAGCCGCACAACCUGGGCACACAGCCGUCCCAGUUCCAGAACCGGUUACUGCUUUACUUGCCAGGAGCGGGCUCCUCCCACCGCACAGUAGGGACGCAGUGCUGGCCCUCCCGUUAUUUAUACCAGAGGCCACGUCCCGUCCUCCUCCGUCCUGCCCCUCCUGCAUCCUCGUCUGGGAAAACUCCACUCGUAGCUGCUGCCUUUUGGGGGCAAAUCCCAGGCCCUAACUCUCCUCCCCACCAGGACUGCCAGUGACAGGCAGGUCCCACCUUCCCCUCAGGCCUCGAGUGGCCAGGUGCCACUCCACUCCCCAGAGAAGGCCUGGCCAGCCCCGAUGACAACAGGAAGUGCUGAUAGGCACCAGGGCCCCUUGACUGUGGCUCUGAGGGCCCUUGCUGUGGGUGCCAGCACCUGGCUGAGCUCCUGAACCAGGGGUGACUCAGGAGCAUCAGGCAGGAGCAGUCCUUCCUCAGGGCACAGCCGCCUGGCAGCCAGUUUAAAGCCCAGAGCCUGUGACCCCUCAGAGGGAUUCUCUGCUCUCCUGACUGCCCCACUGGGGCCCUCAGGGUCUCCUGCAGUACAGGGGGGCGGUGCAUAAGGACCACUAAAGGGAGCUACCCCCACCCACCAUCACGGUGGCUCGGGGGCACCCUGGGCAUGUAGCGGUGAGCAGGCUGUGCCUCCCACCCUGUCAGAGGUCAGGUCUGCGAAGCAAGAGCAGGCUUGGCUGUCCCUGCUCCCACUCCAGCACUAAAUGUGGCUCACGUGGCUCCCUUUUGAGCCAGGCUCUGGGUGCUCUGUUCAUACUCUCUGUGACCUUUGGGUGCUGUGGAGUGAGAUGGGGCAUCAGCCACCGUUCUCACAGAAGGAGGGGUGGCUUCCUAGCCACCUCACCAGCUCUUCCGUGGUCCCCUCCCUGUCACAGGCAUGCAUGCACCUGCUGGGCCAGCCCUUCCCGGAAACACAGGUGACUAGCAAACUCUGCAUUUUCAAUGUGCCUUCUGCUUCAGGACCUGGGGGUCCUUCCUGACCCUCCCUGGCGUGCCCCCAACCCUGGGCCUGGCCCCACCUGUCCUGGAGCCCAAAGCAGCUUGACCUGGAGCUGCCUCUCUGGGGUGGGGUCUCAAGCCCCCACCCCAUCCCCCCCAUCCCCCUUUUGAUUUUAGUGCCUUGCUCAGCUCUCGUUAGGGGAUCUCCGCAGCCUUCCCUGCAUGGCGCAGUGUUCGUACCUUGGACGGAGCGACACCACCGGGUGUCCUGGGGCCCUUGAUGGUCUCCGAAGGAGAGGGAGGAGGACCUGGGGAGUCCACAGGCAGUGCUAUCCCUGCCCCAGCCCCUGGCUGCCCCAGCCUGUGAGAACCCCUGGUCGUGAUUGGCCAUGGUCUGCUUUCUCACUGCUGUCACACAUCUCGCAGCCGGUUCCCCAAACGUGAUUUUCCAUCCAUGUGGAAAAUAGACGACCCUUCCCCAUGUACCAUUGUGGCUUCUUCCCAGGAGGCCCCACCCCCGGUGGGCAGAGCAGGGAGGGCCCCUGGGUGAUGGACACCCAUGGCUUGGGCUGAUCUGCAGCUGCCCAGCUGUUUGCUGAAAACUCAAAACAUCGGUCCUUACCCUUCUCCAUUUACACUCCCUCUUGCUUAAGGACAAAGCAAAUUAAAUCAUCCUGCUGCCCCAGGCUCCAAACCAAAUUUUGGACGCAAAUUUAUUAGCAUCAUAAAGCCCAGGUUGAUUAAUGUGGCAAUCUGGAGCCACACAGCAGUGCAGUCUGGUGGCUGCGUUCCCCUACUCCAAGCUGGGCAGCCCCAGGCCCGGAGGGACGGAAUCAGCCCUAGCUGGCCACAUCCCUGACGCUAACCCAGGGCGCUCACCACUGCCACUGUCUGGGAUCCUUUACAGCUCCGUGUUCACCUGCUGGAGGUCGGAUGGGGUCGUCUUCCUCUCUACUGCUGAUAGCCAGGGGGCUUAGGGCAAGGGGGAGAAGGCCCAACAGCCAGACAGAACCCGAUGAUGCUUGUUCACCACGUGCGUCAGGCACACUUGGCUGCAAGUGCUUACGUCAGUGUGGUGAGGGGGGCGAGCUGGCUCCUGAUUUCCAUUUUACAGAUGGGCCCCCGAGGUCACUGGUGGGGAGGGCAGAAAAGGAUGCCGGCCCAGCCUGACCUGGGUACAGAUGUCUCCGUGGAGGAGGGCAUAAACCCGCCAGCCUCCACCUAACGCCUUUCACCCGGACUGACCCCGAGGCCAGGCCAAGGUGGGAGACCGUGUUCCCUCAUGCCAUUUUGCCAGGGGCUCCUGCCUGUUCCCUCACCUGAGGCCAGCGAGGCGGCUGCGGGCUUAUAGAUGGGGCAGAUGGCAGGUGACGGGCUGGGAGGCACUGCUGAGUGGUGGAAGGUGGGCAGCGGGCACCUUGCCAGGCCCUUAGCGACACAGCUGUUCUCACCACACGGGGCCGGGAGCAGCCUCGGCAAUAGAAACUAGAGUCAGAGUGGUGGGGGGGGGGGGGGGAAGGGGGCCGCUCCCCACCUCAUGAGAAACCAGUCCCGGGGGAGGGGCCUGGCACAGGGCCAUGUGACUGAGGGCAGGUGUAAGGCCGAGACCACGCCUGUCUCAGGGUAGGAUUCCUGGGCAGGGCUGACACCCAGUUGGCUCUGCUAAGGGCCACUGAAAAGCUGGGUCUCCUGAAACAGAUCCAGGACUGCGGGAGAGGUUCUCAGUCCCUCCUCCCCAGGGCUGGGGCUCACGGUGGUGUCAGUUGGAGAAAAGGAGAAGUGAUAGCUUCUCAGUGCCUGGCAUGUGCCAGGCACAGUGCUGGGUGCUCUCUGCGUGGACCUUGGCAUAAUCUGGGGAUUAAGACCAUGGACCAAGAAGGCAGAACUGCCCCAUGCAGGCAGCAAGCCUCCUACUCUUCCUCGUCAUUUGUAGCACGGGGACAGUAGUACCUGCGCCACUGACCGGUUGUGGGAACUUAAGUAGUGAGCUCAGUGCCUGGCGCAGAAGUGCUCAAUAAAGCUACUCUGUACUGA